UUGUGAUCCACAGGUGUACAGAAGUACUGAUUUAGAUCUCUUUUUUGUAAGUAAUGAACCACCCGUAGGAUAUAUGUAUUCAUCUUUGUUUAUCAAUGUCGUCCAGACUGUAGUUACGGCCUGCAGACUGGAUUCAUGAGUGACUCACGCCUUAGCAGCAGUUCUGUGCUAAACAGUAAUUUUGUGGCGCCUUAUGGAAGACUUCGAAACAGAACGAGCGCUUGGUGCGCGAGAGGGGGUGACACAAAUCCAUACUUUCAAGUUGACCUGGGCUACGCGGACGAAAUAAAAGGCGUGGCUACCCAGGGACAGGAAGCUGACUACUGGUUUGUGCGCAAGUUCACAUUGAGUUUUAGUCUGGAUGGUUCUGCAUGGUUGAAUUACACAGAAAAUGGACUAGGUACUAAGGUAUUCGAUGGCACCACACAUCCACUGCUGGUAAAGCCCAGUCCGAUAGAACCCUCUGUGAUUGCUCGGUAUGUCCGAAUUAACCCGGUGCAGUGGUAUCAGAAGCCAUGCCUUAGAAUGGAGUUGUACAGAUGUUCACUUAGAAAUGCUGAUCCUUACGAGCUCUGACAUAUUAAGACGAAGAAACGUCGAUAAUACGGCAAGCCAAGAUUCGAGGGUAUUUCAACAUGUGUCACACAAAAUAAAGUCCAGAACCUGCUUUGCACCUGUUGGGAUUUACAGGCCUGUAACGGAACUUACACCACGACUUGAGGAGAGAUCGAGUGAGCUGUAAUUACAUCGUGGGCCAUGGGUUAACCUACAGGGAAAAUACAGAAACUCAAAGAAUUUAAUGUUGCUUUUUACUUAUGAAAUAAGUCAGUAGACAGAGUAACGGACGUGACCAUCAGAGACCCUCUGGGGAAAAAGGAAGGAAAGUUCCUCGUACCUUCUGAAUGGACCUUUAAAAAACAAUGGAUCUCGUAAAAUUUUCACAGGUCGCCGGGACCGUUUUUUUACGCAAUUUAAAAAGCCAAAAAUGUCUCCGGCUCAAAAAGAAUAAUGCAAGUCUUGCAUUUGCCAUUCAUAACCUCUAAAUCUCGAAGUUUCAAUAUUCGGCACGCUAAAUCUUUUAUUUCCAAAUUUGGAAUUUUCAAAAUUUGCAUUUGGUAGGCGAAAUCUUGA